UGGUCACAUGAUCACCCAGCUGGACCUGUGGAGAUCAGAUACUGUAAAGCCAGUCUGUUUGCCAAAUGUGGGUCUGCAGGCAGCUCCUUCAAGUCAAUACUGGAUAUCUGGAUGGGGAGCGUCUAGAGAAGCAGGAGCCUCUACUGAGGAUCUGCUGAUGGCCCGGGUCAAUGCUAUUGGUCGGGACACCUGUAACAGUGCCCAAGUGUACAAUGGGUUGAUAACGAAGGCAAUGAUCUGCGCUGGGGUUCUGCAAGGUGGAGUGGAUUCCUGUCAGGGUGACAGUGGCGGACCAUUAGUUACACAGGAGAACUCACUGUGGUGGUUGAUGGGAGACACAAGCUGGGGUUAUGGAUGUGCCCAGCGAAACAAACCCGGAGUGUAUGGCAAUGUGACAUAUUUCCUGGACUGGAUUUAUCACCAGAUGCAGACCAACAGAUGAAGAAUGUUUGAAUGGCAUGGAUAGUAAUUCAGAGGGAAUAAGUGCAAUUGAAGACACUUGUUUUAUAACAUUGUGAACCUUAUUUUAUCUUGCCAAAAAAAAAAAAGAAGAAAAUAAAACCAAAUAAUGAUAUAUUUCUCAUGGGAUCCAGAUUGCAAUAGACUCUUUUGUUUUUUAAUCCUGAUUGCUUUUUAAAGUAUUACUGAUGCAUUGCCCUAUACAGCUACUGCCAGCUGAUUACAUGUGUACUCAUGAUCAAGACUCUUAUGAAGUCACUGAGAUCCUUCUGCUUACCUGUUGUUGUUGCUGAAUAGUUGCACACACAUCUCACACAGCUGACAUAGCUAUAGUGGAUCACUGACACAUGUUCAGUUUACUUCAAUUGUCUAGUUUUUCCGCCUGUAUGUACUUUCUACUUUUGUUUGGGGAACAUAAAUGUUUACUAUUGUUUAGUAAAAGGGAGCCUUAUAAAAAUGUUUGUCCUUGUGAGUGCAAGUCUAACAUGUCAAAUUGAAUCAUGUAAAUGUCUUUUAUAAACUGUACUGUAUAUGUAAUCCAAUGUGAAUGUAUUUAAGAGCAAAUCUGUAUGACCAAAUAGUCUGUGGAUGAUUCUGUAUCGGUUUUGUAUGAUUUUUGUUUGGUUUUAAACAUGCAUUAUAUUGGUACACUUUAACCACUUUUGACCAUGUUGUUGUAGUUUUUUUGCCAUGCAGUAUACGAUGUCAAGAUCAGAAACACACUAAUUCUAAAUACAAAGUAACAGGAUAAGCAAAGCCAGUUUGUUAAUACCAUUGAAUAGAGAAUGUAAUUUUCAAUGGAAGAGAGAAUAUCAUUUUCAAUGUUUUUUUGAUUUCUUGAAUUGAUUUUACUGUAGGCCUGCAAAAUGCAUGAAAACAAGGCAGGUCUAGAUGAUAACAGUGUAGUGCAGGGAAAUCGCUCAGGAGUACAGUAGAUAGAAGAUAUGUGAAAGGCAUCAUGCUGUUGCAAAGAGGGAAAGGAGGCCGCUUGGCUAUGCCAGGAUAAAGCCCACAUGUUGUUUUGUUUUCCAGCUUGCAGGCAUCCUUCUACUGUAGGUAGUGUUACAUCCUCAUCUAGGCAUAGUUCCUGCAGCAGUGAUGGAUCAGAUGAUGAAUGCAUUGAGGAUAACAGUGUGCAUUAUAUGUUACCAGACAGGUAGCUUAAACCAGCACAGCCUCUCCUCUGCCACAGCACACUGUAUAUUGCACCUCGCUCCGUGAUUGCCCAUUACAACUAAAUAGAACAGAUAUUCCCUUUAACCUGAUUGGUCAAUAUGAUGUCCCUAAUCUCUCAUUCGGAAUCUCUGUUCUAAAUCAGUCUACCGGAAAAUAUGUAAAUUCAGUAUACUUUUAUGUAUUUUACCUUUGUUCUGCUUGUUAUAAGAGAAUCUCUGUUCUGGUACAUGCACUCUGAACAUUAUCUGUCUGCUUCCUCGCUGUCGUAUACAUUUAAUCUAUCUGUUUCAAGUUAGUAUAGCAAAUAAAGUUUAAAGAAUGGUGUUUACUGUCGGUGGCAGUACAGUAACCACAACAGCAAUAGUAACUCAUCUCCAGUUUGAAGGGCAAGCUGUAGAAAUCAAACCACUGAGAUGCAGACAGGUUACUUUCAGCUGCUUCAUUUUAGCAGAUCAUUCAAACAACCCAGGCACUCUUCUCUAACCGUGCCAGGAGGCUUUGAAUAAGCUCUGUUCAGUAACUUGUUCAUAAACAGCACAAUCAGCAUUAACACAUGUAGGGUACUAGAUAUUUUAAAGCUUAAUAAUUAAUUAAUGUACAUUUUAGCACCUAAUAUAACUUAAACUUACACAAAAUACACGAACGUGCACUCAACUCCGAAUUUAAAAAAAAAAAAAAUGUUACGGUUUUACAUUUUUCAAGAGGUAGGUAAACACAAAAUGUAUUCAUUAGCAACAAAAAGUAGUGCAUAAAAUCACAAAACAAAAACUAACUUUGAAUGUUAUUUUCUUUAACACAGCCG